AUGUCAUCGUCUGAGGAUUCUGUUAUCUCUGACAUUGAUGUCAACGAAGCGCGCCAGCUUGUUUUAAAGGCAAAUAGAAAAAACAAAAAGCGGGCCGGCGGAUUCCAGGCCAUGGGUCUCAGUCAACCGGUUUUCAAUGGUAUUGCCCGAAGGGGGUAUAGAGCGCCAACUCCCAUCCAAAGAAAGGCCAUUCCUGUCAUCCUCUCCGGACGGGAUGUGGUUGCAAUGGCUAGAACCGGGAGCGGAAAGACUGCAGCCUUCCUGAUACCAUUGUUGGAAAGACUAAAACAACACCAGGACACUGGCGCUCGGGCUCUCCUUUUAAGCCCCACCCGUGAGCUUGCCAUGCAGACUCUUGCAUUUACAAAGGAUAUUGGUAGAUUCACGAACCUCGUUGCUGCAGUCAUCGUUGGUGGGGAUAAGAUGGAUGAGCAAUUUAUGGCAAUUCAUCAAAAUCCCGACAUAAUAAUCGCUACACCUGGUCGCUUACUUCACGUCAUAAUGGAGAUGAAUCUGACGCUCAAAUCCGUUGAAUACGUCGUGUUUGAUGAAGGCGACAGACUUCUUGAGUUGGGUUUCGCCGAUCAGCUAACAGAAACUCUGCAUAGAUUGCCGCUUAAGCGCCAAACCCUGAUAUUUUCAGCCACACUUCCCGGAGCCCUGUUGGAAUUCGCACGGGCUGGUCUCUCCGAGCCCGCACUAAUCCGCUUGGAUGUUGACACCAAGCUGAGCAAUCGACUAAAAUUGGCCUUUAUAUCGUGUUUGCCAUUCGAAAAGGAGGCGCUCCUUAUUUAUCUUCUUCAGAAUAUUAUUCCACGAAAGGAGAGGGUCAUAAUCUUUUUGGCAACAAAACACCACGUCGACUACUUGGAAUUGCUUUUAAAGGAGUUUCAUAUCGACUGUACCGUGGUUCACUCCGGUUUGGAUCCGGUGGCACGCAAUAUGGCUGUGCGAAAUUUUCGCCACGGUCGCGUGAGGUGCCUUUUGGUCACCGACCUCGCGGCCCGCGGCAUCGACUUGCCCCUCCUCGACACUGCCAUCAACUUCCACUUUCCUGCACAGGCAAAGCUAUUUGUCCAUCGUGUUGGUCGAGUUGCCCGCGCAGGCCGUUCAGGAAUGGCCAUUUCUUUGGUCGACUCUGAGGAGCUGCCGUACCUGAUGGAUUUGUAUGUCUUCCUGGGCGGCCAUGUCGUCACCAAUCAUCACCAGACGGCGGCGUCAGAGCAUCCGGAGUCUGAAGAAAGUUGGCCGAACGAAUUGCUAGGUUCCUGCCCUCGGGAUCUCAUUGCUGUAGACUUGGAGAACGUGGCAAAGAAGGAAAAGGAAAACGCCGUGCUUGCAUCCGCCUCGCAAGUGUGCAAGCGUGCACUUAAAAAGUACACGACAACGCGAUUGAAGGCCAGCGCGGAAUCGGUGCGUCGUGCAAAGGAGGUGCGCGCCGAUCUCCCAACUCUCCGGCCCCAUCCGAUUUUCGCCCCUCAGUUGACCAACUUCGAUACUCAGAAGGAGGCAGUCCUGGAAAUCCUACGAAAUCGCAAAGUACCGACAAUUUUUGAGGCUCUGGGCAAGACUUCCAAUCCAGAGGCCUAUCAAAUGAUGCAAAAGAAGCGGAAACUGCACGACAAAAUCAUCUCCAAGGUAGCCGCUGAAAGCGAGGCGAAGAGAGCAAGACUUAUAAUUGAGGAGAGCGAGAGGCUGGCGAGCGCGCGAGAAUCUCCCAGCAAGUCGAAAGGAUCGACGCAGUCCAUCACCGAGGAAAUUGCGCCCGCACGAGGCAGCAGCUUCUUCGUGCCCCUGGUGCGCGAGGACGAGGCGGCGGAGCGCGCCCUGAGCACCAGAAUCGCCGCCCACGAUGUCAGCGCCGACAGCUUUGCUCGCUCAGCCGAGGCCGCUCGUUUAGACGUCCAGGGUGACGAAGUCGGCAUUUCCUAUGGACGCCCGGCUGGAACAAAAAAAUCCCUCCAGGUGUGGGACCGUAAAAAGAAGCGUUUCGUGAAUGCUGACGUGGCCGCUGGAAAGGCGAAUGUUGCUCGAAUCAAAACAGAGAGCGGGGUUUUCAUACCCGCGUCAUACAAAACUGACAAGUACAAGACAUGGCUGAAUAAAAGCAAGGCCCACAUGAGUGCCGACGCGGCCGGCGGUGGUGAUACAGGCCCAGGUAAGUCGGCAGAGUCGGCACCGACCAGGCCGAAGGAAAAGUUCACCAGUCUCUUUAAUGCGCGCUACGGCAGUGUGGUCGAAUUUAUGGACAGCGAUAACGACGAGGGAGGCGAAGGAAAACUCUACAACCGACGCUCCGGUACUCAGUGGUCGAAAAAGAGCAAAAAGUCUGGCGCCACUAAUUUGGAGAGCAGCGGGGGACAAGUGGGACCGAUCAGGGAAGGCGGUAGAGGAGUCAAAGUUGUGGGGACAAUGUCCCGAUUUUCCCGGACAGCCCUUAACGCGGCCAAGCGAGAAGCUCUGAAAGAGACUAGGCAGAUACGCCAAGCGAAAGGCAGUAGAACCUUUGGUCAAAUGCGAAAGCCCGAACAGGUUCUCAAGCAGCGUCGAAGAAUGGAGAAGCAGAAACAAUUCCGUAUAAAGAAUAGGUCCAAGAAAGGUGGUAACAGAAGUGGAAAAUCCAAGCAAAGGCAUCGACGUCAAUAA